AUGGCAGCCCGGCAGAGUCUGUUGGUGAGGAAUUGGAGAGAGGCGAUCAUCUCGUCCUGGGUCCUAAAGCUGGAGAGUGGCAGCUCUGGGGUCCCUGAAUUCAGGGUCUUUUCUGUGGUCAGGGUGUCCCACAGAGUGCUCUGUCCCCAGUCCUUCAGGCUUCCCUCGUGGGGGGCGGGGGCUGCCCAGCUGCAGGCGAGGCCUCCUAGGAAGCUGAACAGGCCCUCCCACCCCCAGGUGUACAUGUUCCUGGUGAAGUGGCAGGACCUCUCUGAGAAGCUGGUCUACCGGCGGUUCACCGAGAUCUAUGAGUUCCAUAAAACCUUAAAGGAAAUGUUUCCUAUUGAGGCUGGGGACAUCAACCCAGAGAACAGGAUCAUCCCCCAUCUGCCAGCACCGAGGUGGUUUGAUGGGCAGCGGGCAGCCGAGAACCGCCAGGGCACGCUCACCGAGUACUGCAAUGCACUCAUGGGCCUGCCGGUCAAGAUCUCCCGCUGCCCACUGCUCCUUGACUUCUUCAAGGUGCGCCCCGACGACCUCAAGCUCCCCACCGACAGCCAGGUGAAAAAGCCGGAGACGUACCUGGUGCCUAAAGAUGGCAAGACCAACGCUGCCGCUGCCGGUGAGGGGGCCGGGGGCAGCCAGGGCAGGUCACCCUGCGGGGACUCUCUGGCUGCUAAAACAGUACCACAGGCCGGCAGCUUGCAUUUAUUUCUCACAGUUCUGGAGCCUGGACGUCUGAGGUCAAGACUUACUGUCUCACACCCGGGCACAGGCUGGUGGUUCUGCCAAAUGAAGACCAAGCGAGGCUGGGUCCCAGCCUCCUACUUGGAGCCCCUGGACAGUCCUGAUGAGGCAGAGGACCCAGAGCCCAACUACGCAGGUGAGCCCUACGUCACCAUCAAAGCCUACACUGCUGUACAGGAAGACGAGAUAUCCCUCCAGGAGGGCGAAACCAUCGAGGUCAUUCAUAAGCUCUUGGACGGCUGGUGGGUCAUCAGGAAAGAAGACGCCACAGGCCACUUCCCGGCCAUUUACCUGCAGAAGGCGGGGCAGGACAUAGUUCAGGCCCAGCGCCAGAUCAAGAGCCGAGGGGCGCCGCCCCGCCGGCCGCAGCCGGCGGUGCCCCCGCGACCCAGCGCAGACCUCAUCCUGCACCGCUGCAGCGAGAGCACGAAGCGGAAGCUGGCGUCCCCCGUCUGAGGCCGGGCACCACCCUCGAUGGCGCUCUGUGCCCUCCGCCGGGAUCCCUGUCUAUAUGUGAUGAGAGCCUGAGGUCUGGUUACCUAAGGCACUCCGGGCCCCGCCCCACCUCGCUCUCCGCCGCCCUCAAUAAAUGUUGCUUAGAGUGGA